AAAACUUGGCGGCGGUCGGUGAGGCUGAAACAUGGCUUUGUCAGUGCGGAGUUGGGUCGCGAACGAGGGAGGAAAACACUUGGUUCUGGUGCUGUGGCUGGGCGCUAACACCUUGCUGUUCAUGAGGACGUUCCUAUUGUACUACUGUGGGCAGCAGUACCACUACCUCCAUCAGAUGCUCGGGCUAGGGCUGUGUAUCAGCAGGGCGUCUGCGGCAGUACUCAAUCUGAACUGCAGUCUGGUGCUGCUGCCUAUGUGUCGCUCUCUACUCACCUACCUCAGAGGAACACACACGGUGACAAGCAGAAAGGCCCGCAGGCUUCUGGACAAGAGUAAGACCUUCCAUGUGGCGUGUGGAGUAGCCAUUUGUGUAUUUUCCGUUGUGCACGUAUCAGCUCAUCUGGUCAACGUGGUCAACUUCAGCGUCAGGUACUCAGAAGAGUUCCCUUCUCUCAACGUUGCUCGCUACAGGGGAGAGGUAAGAUGUGCACACUCACACACACAUACUCACACACAACCUGUGUUAACUUGCGGUCUUCUUCCCCAGGACCCCAGACUCAUCAUUCUGACUACAGUCCCGGGGAUCACUGGUAUCCUAUUGGUCCUCAUCCUCUUCCUGAUGUUCACUGCCUCUUCCUACUGCAUCAGGGUGUCCAACUAUGAGAUAUUCUGGUACACCCACAACCUCUUCAUAGUGUUCUACAUCAUACUGAUUGUGCAUGUCGUCGGUGGUGCUCUGAAGUACCAGACCAACUUUGAGGCCCACCCCCCUGGCUGCCUCAGAGCCAAUCAGACUAACCCGGACAAGACAGAGGAGGAGCCAGGACAGGCUGAAGGAGAUGUAUGGAGCUGCAGAGAGGAGGCUCGGUUCCAACCCAACUCACCCGAGACCUGGCUGUGGGUGUCUGGUCCUCUGUGUCUCUACUGUGCUGAGAGGCUAUAUCGUUACAUUCGGAGCAACUCCCCCGUCACCAUAGUUGCUGUCGUCAGGCAUCCCUGUGACGUCAUCGAGCUGCGCAUGCUGAAGAAGGACUUUAAUGCCCAUCCGGGGCAGUACAUUGUACUAAACUGUCCCAGUGUGUCAUCAUUUGAAAACCAUCCCUUCACUCUGACUGCGUGUCCCACGGAGAAGAAAGAAACAUUAGGAAUACAUCUCAGAGUGGUGGGAGACUGGACUGAACGUUUUACAGAGCUAUUGCUUCUUGAUCCGGGAUCCGAGUCAGAGAUCCUACCCAUGGUGCAACAGAGGAGAUACCCAAAGCUGUACGUGGACGGUCCGUUUGGCAGUUCGUCACAGGAGGUGUUUAACUAUGAGGUCAGUCUGUGUGUGGCGGGUGGGAUCGGAGUCACGCCAUUCGCCUGCGUUCUGCACGCCCUGCUGGAUGGCUGGAGGCAUUUCCGUCUCAGGAGGCUGUACUUUGUGUGGGUGUGCAGGGAGCUGCAGUCCUUCUACUGGUUCGCUGAGCUGCUGUGUGCCUUACAUCACAAGCUGUGGCAGGAGAACAGACCUGACUAUCUGAACCUGCAGCUCUUCGUCAGCCAGACAGAUGGACUUCAGAACAUCUCUGAGGAGAGGUACCGCCCCCUGAGUUCCCGGCUGAUGAUUGGCCGACCGAGGUGGAAGUUGCUCUUUGAGGAGAUUGGGAGGACCAAUAAGCAUAAGCGGGUGGGGGUGUUCUGCUGUGGGCCUAAAGGCAUCUCCAAGACUCUGCACAGACUGUGUAACUCAGACCGCUAUUCAGGAACCACGUUUGAGUUCAACAAAGAGUCCUUCAGCUGAGACCAGCUCCCCCUCACCGUGACCCCUGACCAUAGGCUCUGACCCCUGACCCCAGACUCACAUAGACAGGUGACUUGAAUCUACCAUGAAGUGACUCACUGGUUCUCCUUCCAUCAGAGAGAAGCAUCUCACACUCACUGGUGUUGAGUGACGUCAUCAGCGGGCAACUGGGACUUGUUCACGAACCAAGAGGACCUGGUUGUAAGCCACCAUUUCCAGAAAACACUGCCACGUUGCUCGCUUCACACAAACACAGUCCUUUGGUAUGAUGGAGAAGUGCCAUGGGGUAGGGCCGAGGGGUUAAUUUGGGACGGGGUUACCCUUUCUGUGUGGGGGCAUCAGAGCCUCGGUGCCUAGGGACAACCCUUUGCCACUCUGUAAGGGACUGUACAGGAGUUCGUUGUUAGCUCUGGACUACAGAGAGAUGCUGUACAACAACCUGAUGUCUGUUAUCACUUUCACUACCCUUCCUUCCUUCCUUCCUUCCUUCCUUCCUUCCUUCCUUCCUUCCUUCCUGUGCAAUCAUUUAAACUUUAAAUCCUCUAUGUAUUCUAAUGGAGUCAAAGCAAACUCAACCACUCCUGGUGCCAGUAUUUUAGUAGUUGUUUUAUAUUUCAAUUAUUUAUAUUGUUUAAAGUUACUAGAUGUACUUUUCUCUCAUAAUGUUUCACCUUUUCUUCUAAUGUGUCCAAUUUAAGACUGAACAACAAAACAGCUUUACACUUUACCAAACCAAACAUAUUUACCAUUGAUUAAGUAUUGAAGAAAUAACUACAGUAUAUAUAUUUCAUUGUUUCUGAAUAAUGUUUUUUUGGAUGUUGGAUUGUUUUGAUGAGAGCAAAGCACAACCCGAAUUAAAAUAGGUUUUUAUACAGA